AUGGCUCAGAACAUCGCUUCACGCCCCAAGAAGGGCGUCUUUGACUUUCUCGAGUCUAGAUGGGCAAAGUUUUUCUUCGCCAUUGUCGCUCUACAGGCUAUUAUUGGUGUAACGUUCGAAUCAUAUAUCUUCGGCAGAUUUCAGGACAGCCUUGAGGACUACACGACUGGCGAAAAUGAGGAACGCGAUGCGCAGUACAUGACGAUACCGACGUUCUUGGCCUUGUUCAUCUUCGGUUUCCUCUACGUCCUGUUUCUCACGUGGGAUGCCUUGCGCUGGAAGAACACCAUUCAGAUCAUUGGGCUAUGCAUCGCCAACCUCGCGCUGUUUGUCUAUACGAUUCUUCAGAUCGAUCAGAUUGAUAGAUCGAUUAGUAAGCUCCAAUUGGCCGGUAUUUUUCGGCCUCUUGAAGUCCAUGAAGCGGUAUGGCACGCCUGCGCGCCCUUUCUUUAUACCAUUCCCCCUGUCAUUGGCGUCGCCACUGUUGCUAUGAGCGCGUGCGCCUGGCAACUUUAUCAGGAGUUUGCGUGGGAUAUCUUGAAGCAGAUUGGUGCCGAUUAUCGCAUGAAGAAGCGAUUUCUUCACUAUCAGAUUUUUAUCGCAUUGCUCAAGUUUGAUUUCUUCUUCUUCCUGGGCUUCACUAUCCAGUUCCUGGUUGUUGUAACCGGCAAGACAAGCAUCGAACUCGGUCUUACCGCUGCCGCGAUUCCCGUCACCAUUAUCAUCCUGCUUUGCGCCGCCUUCUUCACGCAGCGCGAAAACCGCGUUGGAAUGUACGCAGUUAUUCUGCUCUUCUUUGGUGGUCUUGCCUAUUUUUUGUUCAAGCUUGUCCGCAUCUACUCGAAAAGUCAUGGCUGGCAUUACACGCCCGUUAAGCGCUCCCUUACCGCGUUCGCCGUUAUGACCAUCCUCCUGAUUCUCAUCACCAUCGCCAACGCGUUCAUCUGCACGAGCAACUUUGGCAAUGGACUCAAGACGCACUUGGUCAAGCCCCAGGGUAGGGACCCGGAAAAGGAUGACAUAAACUCAUUCCAGAUGACGGAUCAGAAACCCAAACUGACGACCCGGAUGACCAUCGACUGAGUGGGGGAGGCGGAAAUAGAGAAUAAAGAACGAGACGAGCAAGAUGCGA